AUGGCAGCAAGCUCUUUCUCUCGUUUGGUCACGCUUGUCGUUCUCCUCUGUGGUUCCGCGCUCGGUGCCUAUGGAGCAGCUUGCGCGUUGGAAGAGCGCGAACAUGUGCCUUUCAGGAAGCGGUACAGCGCUUCUGCGCCGUACUUUGUCGAGUAUUUCGACAAGGGUACGUCGGGCGUAACGGGAGCACCGCCUGUAGCGGAUGUGUCGGGUUAUAACGUCUUUAUUAUUGCGUUCCUGCUCACUGAGGGCGCUUGGGACAACGCCCAAGGCUGGGCUUCCCUCACAGCGGCCGAACGUAACUCGACUAAGGCCGACUACAACAAUGCUGGGAUCGCGCUUAUGGUGUCCGUCUUCGGUUCUACUGAUACUCCGACGUCGAGUAACGCCGAUCCCACCAACACGGCCAACACGAUGGCGGCGUGGGUGCAGCAGUACGGUCUCGAUGGCGUGGACGUGGACUACGAGGACUUUGACGCGUUCAAUGCUGGGACCGCCGAAGCAUGGCUCAUCACGUUCACCACUCAGUUGCGCAAGCAGCUCCCGGCGAGUGAAUACAUCAUAACUCACGCGCCCGUCGCACCUUGGUUUGCGUCUAACCUAUGGAAAAACGGCGGCUACCUCAAGGUAAACACCGAGGUUGGCGACUUGAUCGACUGGUAUAAUGUCCAGUUCUACAACCAGGGUACCAGCGAAUACACCACAUGCGACGGCCUGCUUACCAACUCGAGCUCUACGUGGCCGGAUUCUGCUCUUUUCCAAAUCAUCAGUAGCGGCGUCGCACAGGAGAAGCUGGUGAUCGGCAAGCCUGGUACCUCAGGCGAUGCUAACAACGGGUACAUGAGCACAUCGACUUUGGCGACAUGCGUUGAGCAGGCCAAAGGGAAAGGAUGGGACGCUGGUGUCAUGGUUUGGGAGUAUCCCGAUGCUGGGAGUUCGUGGAUCACAGCAGUACGCGCGGACGCUUGGCCCGUCUCGUCAUAG